AUGAAUGAAAAAUUGAAAAUAUAAGAAGAGAACUUCUGCUAGGAUUUGCUCAGCCUCACUCUAAUAAUGGAAACGGGUUCAGCUACAUCACCUGUAGUUCUCUCCGACGACCUUUUCUUCGAAGUUUUAUCAUUCCUUAAUGUGAAAUCUCUCAUGAAACUGAAAUGCGUCGCCAAAUCAUGGAAUUCCCUCAUCUCUCAUCCCACCUUCAUCAAAUCACACUGUCUUCGAUCGAAACGAAAUCCACACAUCACACUCUCUUUGGCAUCUUUUAACCACUACUACGAUAAGAGUGUUAUCCCCUUCCCUUUAACUCGUUUACUAAACAACCCACUCAUCAAAAUUCCUCACGAUCCUUACUACCAAUUAUCAAAGAAAGACUGCUGCUUUAUCGUUGGUUCUUGCAACGGCUUGCUUUGCUUGCUCCGUCAUGAUAACACCGAGAAUCCUAAGGAUUCCACUUUCACUGCUCGGAUAAUGUUCCGUUUAUGGAACCCCGCCACCAAGACUUUAUCUAACAAAAUCCAGAUUCGUUGGCGCAAAUUUAUCAACCCUCCUUUUGGAUUUGUCAUGUAUCACUUUGCUUUUGGUUAUGAUUUUUCCACCGAUAUUUACAAAGCUGUUGUUUAUUUUACACUGGGAAGUGUAACUAUGGUCAAAAUUUUCGACUUGAGUUUGGGUGAUAGUGUUGGGAGACGUAUUGAAGAUUUCCCUGUGGUUCCUUUAAGCUAUAAAGCCCGUCGUCCUUGGGUCAAUGAGGGUGUGUAUAUUAGUGGCACGGUUAAUUGGAUGGCUACUAAAAAUAAGUUGAAACAUGAUUGGAUAAUUGACAUUACUAUUGACCAAUUUGUGAUCGUUUCGCUUGAUUUACGGACAGAGACAUUUAGUCAGUUGUUGCUCCCUCGGGGUUUUGAUAAAGUGCCACAUGUUGAACCGUCUAUUUCUGUAUUGAUGGACUCUUUAUGCUUUUCUCAUAAUAUUGAUGAAAAAUAUUUUGUUAUAUGGCAGAUGAAGGAAUUUGGAGUUCAAGAGUCUUGGAUUCAGUUACUUAAAAUUAGUUAUGGUACUAUUCGAAAUGUUUUUGAUCCAAAGAUAUAUUGCACUGAAUGGGUUUCUUACUGUCGUUUUAUGUUUAUGCACCCAUUGUGUUUUUCUGAGAAUGGUGAUACAUUGAUGUUGGCAUGCGAUUGUAGAAAGCAUCCAAAGCAUGCAAUUCUCUAUAAUUUGAGAGAUAACAGCGCAGUGAACACUAGAAUUACCAAUCAUAUACAUUGGUUACGUACGAAGAAUUAUGUUGAAAGCUUGGUUCCGACUCAUUGGAAUUAA